GAAACGGAAAUUCAAUAACACACCCAUUCACAUCACAAAAUCCAUAAAUACAGAGAGACUCAUUGAAAAUUCUUCCUAUAUGAGCAAAGUAGUGGCAACCCACUAACCCAAAUAUUUCGCCUCCUUUCUUUUCUUCCUCGAGAAUACGGAAACUCUAUUGUUACAUUUAAUGGCGAUACAAUUGGAGAAUUUGGUAGAAUCGAUAAAAUCGAAGGUGAGGAAAUUGAAGAAAUCGAAGAAACCGUACAUCAAAAUGGACAAAAGCUCGAGUGUGAGAGUGGAGAUUCGCAGCAAAAAGGCACGUAAGCUCAUUGACAAAACUCUACAAGCUGCUGAUCAUCCUGGCAAGAGUAGCCUCUCUUAGUACUUCAUUAAAUUAAGAGUCGUUUUGGAAAAAUGAAAAGUUUCUUUGUUUGUGUAUAUAUAUAUAUAAAUAGAUGGAUUAAAAAGUUGCAGAGAAAAAUGGCCGUUUCUGUGUUCCGAUGGUCGAUGUCGGCGUUUGUGAUUUGGGAACCGUUUCGGUUAUUUUCUUUUUAAUGAUUUUCUAAGGGAAAAUGUCUAAAAUACACCCAAACUUUUGUCUAGAUUUGCUGUAACACACCUAUACUUUAUGAUUGUCCUAUUACUCCUGAAUAUAUUUUUAAAGUAUUUUUUUUUUGGCAUUUAUCUGGAAAAAUUAAACUAAAAUCAAACUCUUAGAUUCACAAGAUCAAAUUCUAAGAGAAUCAAUUGCUUUCUCCAUGAAAAAAUUAAGAGUGUAAGAGAGAAUUCUAAUUUUUUGUUUUGUUCAGAGAGUGAAAUGACUUGAAAAUGACUGUACUCCUUUCUUUUUUGGCAUUUUGUUCAAUACGUGUUUGAAUUGUUAUCCAGCUCACUCGAUAAAUGUCAAAGAAAUUCCUUAAAGAUAUAUUCGGAGUUAAUAGGAUCCCGUAAAGGUUAGGCGUGUUACGCCUAAUUCGAGCAAAGAUUGAGAUGUAUUUUAGACAUUUUUCCGAUUUCUUACCGUUAAUCUGAUCAGUAAUUCGAGUGCUUAUUAAAGUGUAUUAAUAGGAGUGUGACUCAGCUGGGGAAUAAGAAAGGGAUCAGAAACCGAUCACUUAUCUCUUGAUA